AUCGGCACUAAAUCUAUGUUGUCACUAGCCAACGACAUACGACAGUUGUCUAGUUUUGUCUAUGUUUCAACGGCCUAUUCGAAUUGCAACCUAUUGAUGCCAGAUGAAAAGGUCUACGACUUGAAAAUAGAUGGCGAUAGUAUAUUGUCACUAUACGAACAUAAUACCAAAGAGGAUGUGGACAAAAUCGUUCGGGCAAAAUAUUUCGAUGGUCGGCCGAACGCAUAUUGCUUUACUAAAGCACUUACAGAAUACUACAUUCAGAAAUACUAUCGUCAUUUGCCAGUUACAAUUGUGAGACCAUCGGCCGUUGCUGCGGCUCUUUAUGAACCUGAACCCGGAUAUUGUGACAGCCCAGGAGCUCUUAGCUUUGGCAUCAUUUAUCAAGGACUCGGUGUAUGUCGGUAUUUACCUUUUAAGGAAGCAGCCCUAUUAGAUAUUGUUCCUGUAGAUAUUGCGAUCAACAGCUUGUUGAUAGUUGCACGUGAAGUGGGAUUACAAGGCACCGUUCCUAUUACCAAGGUCUACAAUUUGUCGUCUGCAUGGCAUUGGCCACUUACACACAAACAGGCCACCGAUUGUAAUCUGAAAGCAUUUAUACGAUCACCACCCGCCACAGCCCUACGACCUUUCUCACAUAGAACGACGGAAAUUUCUCAAUUCGAAGGGAAGCUGAUCAAUUACUUUUCCGAAAUGCUCUUUGCUAUUAUAGCGGAUACGAUAGGGGCCAUUCGUGGCAGGGACAGUCGAGUGGUGAGACUAACUCGAUUUACUCAGUCGAUUAGGGAGCAGCAAACUGUUUUCUAUAAAAAAUCGUGGGUUUUCCCCAGGAAAAAUAUGGAUGAUGCAGUUGCUCGCUUAUCGGAAACAGAUCGAGAAUUAUUUCCAGCGAUUCCGAUUGUCAAAAAUAAUGACGAAUACUUUUACCGCUAUUGGAUGUCAUUGCGUGAAAUGGUGAUUGGAGAAAAGCCAGAUAACAUCGAUGAAGCACACAGGCAACAGAAAAGACUUGCACUUCGAUUGGCAGCUCUACCCUUUGUUACGGCUACAACAUUUGUAAUGAUCGUUGGCCUGUAUUAUUUUUAAGAUGUUUUGUAACUUGCAGUGUGUUUUACGCAAGG